AAACGCCAUUGGCACCAAAUAAACAAUCUUUUAGCUUGAUCAAUUAUGUCCAACAAGCUGGUCCUGAAGAAACCAUAAAAUAAUGCCUGUUGUUUUAGAAAUUUCAUCAAACAUCUAUAAAUCUGAUUGCUUGCAAAGUUGAGCAUCGUUGAAAUAUCAAGAUGCUUUUAAUCCUUUCUAUUUCUGUGAUCUUAGCUAUUCUCAUAUUAUAUCUCUUAAAACUAGUAUAUUCAAUACUAUGGAUUCCUUACAAAAUUCAACGCCACUUCCGAAAUCAAGGCAUAGGAGGCCCAAGUUACCGUCCGAUCAUCGGGAAUUCGUCGGAGCUGCGACGUAAGAUGGCAGAAGCGAAGUCGAAAAAAUCACACGGCCAUAACGUCCUGCACCGAGUGGUUCCUUCUUACCAUACUUGGUCUAUGAUGUAUGGAAAGAACUACUUGUACUGGUUUGGACCCAAGCCCAGGUUGGCAAUAGCAGAUCCAGGUAUGAUCAAGGAGGUUCUUAUGAACACAGGUGGACCAUUCGAGAGGCUAUUUAACAACCCUUCGUCUAAAAAGCUCUUGGGUGAGGGACUGGCUGAGCUUAGGGGUGAGAAAUGGGCUGUUCAUAGGAGGAUCAGUAACCUAGCCCUUAACAUGGAACAAGUUAAGGGUUGGGUGCCAAAAAUGGUGGCUAGUACAAUGAUGAUGUUGGAGAAGUGGGAGGAAAGAAGAGCAGGCAAGGAUGAAUUUGAGAUUGAAGUGCAUAAAGAAAUUCAUGAUUUGUCAGCAGAUAUUAUAUCCAGAACAAUUUUUGGAAGCAGCUUUGCAGAGGGAAAACGCAUUUUUGAGUUACAAGAACAACAAAUGCGCCUUUUCUUUGUGUCCUUAACUAGCGUAUACAUUCCAGGAUUCAGGUUCUUACCCACAAAGAAGAACAAAGAGAGGUGGAGAUUAGACAAGGAAAUAUGCGAUUCGAUACGAAAACUAAUAGAGACUAAUAACAGAAGAGCAGAGAAUUCAAGAAAUCUACUUAGUUUGUUAAUGUCCCCCCAUAAGUUUCAUGAUCAAGAAGAUAAAUUAGAGAUAGAUGAAAUAAUAGAUGAAUGCAAGACUUUUUACUUUGCUGGCAAGGAAACAAGUGCUAAUGUCUUGACUUGGGCACUCAUACUUCUAGCAAUGCAUCAAGAUUGGCAAACUAAGGCCAGGGAAGAAAUCAAUAUUGUUUGCAAAGACAAUGAACUUCCUACUGCAGAAAAUCUCAGCCAACUUAAAAUUAUAAGUAUGAUAAUAAAUGAAACACUUAGACUUUACACUCCUGUGACGAUGCUUAUGAGGAGAACUUGCAAAGAUGUUAAGCUAGGCGAUCUUGAAAUUCCUGGCGACACACAGCUUGCUCUUGCUAUAAUUGCCACUCACCAUGAUCCUGAGAUAUGGGGAGAAGACGCUGACAAGUUUAAUCCUCAGAGAUUUAGCGAGCCUCGCAAGCACUUAGCAUCAUUCUUCCCAUGGGGUUUAGGCCCCAGAAUAUGCGUUGGACAAAGUUUUGCCAUGGUUGAAUUGAAGCUUGUUUUAGCUAUCGUCAUUAGCCGAUUCUCUUUUGUGCUGUCGCCCACAUAUGUUCAUGCCCCUAUGCAAUUUUUGACCGUGCAGCCUCAAUAUGGAGCGCACAUCCUCUUCAGAAGAAUCUGAAUUUAAUAGUUUGUUGUGUGCGUUUAAUUUUGUUUUGUGUCGUACAUCGCUUAUUAAUGUGGAAUUUUCAUUUUCUAUCUCAAUGAUGUAACUAUAAUUGAAAAUCUUAUGUAUUGUAAUUGCUGCAAGUUUAGGUCA